AUGUCCACUGGCUCUGCUGCAAGUGAUGCCGAGGACGACGAGACACGCCACAAAAGGACUACCUCUGCCUUGGAGGCCACCGCGCGGAAAGUCACCUGCUAUAAUCCCAGCCGGUACUCGGAGGAGGAGUUGGAAGACGAAGGUGUUGAGGGGAGGAUCAAGCAGGAGCACAGACUUUCCAAAGCGCACCAGAGGGAAACUCGACAGUCGCAGAGGAACGCGGCAAACGCCAGGGAGAGGGCGAGGAUGAGAGUGCUGAGCAAAGCUUUCUCCAGACUGAAAACCAGCCUGCCCUGGGUCCCAGCGGACACCAAACUUUCCAAACUGGACACCCUUCGUCUCGCUUCUAGCUACAUUUCCCACCUUAGGCAGCUUCUGCAGGAUGACCGAUUCGAGAGCAGAUUUGCACACCCUGUCAGUCUGGUAUGA